AGAGAUCGGCAGUUCAGUUAUCUAUCAUAAAAUUCAUACCAACUCAUUCCAGUGUUAACAGCUAGCCCAGUCCAGCUCAAGAUGCUCAGAUUAGCCAAAUCCCUUGAAGGUUUUCUCAAGCUCUCACAGUCAAGCAGUGGUCCACACUUCACUGUUUGUGAGUUAGCUUCCAACAUUAGCUUCCCAUACUCAUCCAGGAGCUAUUAUUAUCAAUACUCCAAUGACCUUGGGACUGAUGUCAAGAGUAAAAUUUCGAUUGUUCAUAGCUCUUCUCUGCCUGAGAACAGCUUUAGCAGUCAAGGCUCAGUCUGGUCUCCUUUUAGUAAGAGACUGCCUAAAGAGAAAUGCGUUGUAUUGCAGCAGGAAGACAGAGGCAAAGAGUCUUCUUUUCUCCUGGCAGAGUGUCAAGAUGAGACAGAAGCUUUGGAGGCCAUGUCUGCCAUCGAUGAGACGUUGAGCCCUUUUCUAAAUGAGGGGACCAUCUACUUUUCAAAGAAGCUGCUAGAAAGUCUGAUACUACCAGAGCCUCUUCCAGUUGAUGAACUGAGGACUCACCUGGUAGAAUUGAUGGAGCAUCAAUCUGGUGCUUAUUCGCAUUGGUUUAAAGUAGCUCAGGCACUCAGCAAGAUUCCAGCUCAUAGCACUGCUAGCUUCAAUAAGAGUUUUGUAACACCUGCUGAUCUUUGUAUGGCUACUUCUGCUGGAAGCCAGGCAGAUGAGUGCAACAUUAGAGAUCAUGGCACACCUGCUCAGGACACGAAAGUCCCCCUGUUUCUGAAAAUGAUGUCAUACGAUGCAGAGUCGAUCUCUGAAGAGUUUUUCACACCCUGUGCUCAGACUGGUGAUGUCUUUACAUUCAGUGAUACUCCUAAUGUGAGCCAAAACCCACUCCUGUACUCCAUUAGUAAAGGAUAUGCUAAAAGCUCCCUCCACUUACUCUUAGGAGGAGUGGAUCCUAAUGACGCUGACAUGGAUGGUAAUACUCCUCUUCACCUUGCAGCCGCUGCAGGGAAUCUAUUAUUAGUGCAGCUCCUCAUCACCUUUGAGGCCGACCCAAGACUCGCUAACAGAAAUGGAGAAACUCCAUUAAACGUGGCAUUAGAUGCUGGAGCGUACGAUUGUGCCCUCAUCAUCGAAGAAGUAGCAAGAUUACUGAAUGCAAGGGAUGACUUGAUGGCAAGCAAUCAAACAACAAAAUCGUCUCAUUCGAACGAUAGCUCUCCAUUUCUCUUGACUCUUGAUGGAGGUGGAGUGAGAGCUAUUAUGGAAAUACAAGUCCUCCUUGCAAUUGAGAAACAAAUGAAGAAGAUAUCUCCACUUCACGCAUCUUCAAUCCUUAAAUCGUUUGACUAUAUAGCCGGGACCAGUGGUGGGGCCUACGUGAUGUUCAUCACAGUCUUUGGAAAGAAGAGUUUGACAGAUGCUCGAUCGCUAGUGUUCAGUGCUCUCAAUCAAAUCUCUGAAGGAACAUCACCAGAAACAGACCGUGCAGCUGCAUUGGAGGGUAUGCUUCAAGACAUGCUUGGAACAGAGACACUGAUGUCCGAUGUGCAGUCUCCUCGGGUAAUGGCUACAGCUACACUAGCCGAUCGAUCUCCUUGCAAGCUUCACCUCCUCACUAACUAUGGUUCAUCAAGAGAUGGGCAGCUAGGGCCAGACAAGAGAAAAGCAUGGGAAGCUGCCCGGAUCACUUCAGCUGUACCUAUAUACUUUGGAUCAUUCAAAGGAAAGUUCCUAGAUGGUGGAGUCAUGUGCAACAACCCAACAUUAGAUGCUAUAACUGAAAUCAUUGAUCAAGAGAAAUCAGAGGGCACUAAUAGAAGACCUGGUCUGGUCCUUUCUCUUGGUUCUGGCGUCUCUGAAGCUAGGGCUAUCUCUAAUGUUGAUGUACAACUUCCCUCAUGGUCUCUCUCCUCUCUACUAAAGCUCCCUCAGUCACUAAGGGGGCUUAAGAAUCUUGGCGAGAUAGUCCUUAAUCAGCUAACGAGCUCUGAUGGUCAAGAUGUUGAGAGAUGUCGAUCUUUGUGUCACCAAAUGGGCACUCAAUACUAUCGUUUAUCGCCUCCUGUUCAAGACUUUAUUCACUUAAAAGAAUCAGACACUAAUAAAAUGAUUGGGAUUUUAUUUGAUGCACAAAUGCACGUACUUAGAGAAUCUGAGACAAUUUAUAAAAUAGCAGAAUCUCUUGUUUGUAAAUAAAUUUAAUAUUAUAUAUAAUUAGCACAAUAUUUAUAUAUUUAUGUUUUUUUAAGAUUUGAAUUUACAUCUAUUAUGCAAUUAAAU